AUGUGGUGCCUGCUCCUGCUGCUCUGCUCCCAGGGAAUUGCCUUUUCAGCAGGAUUCACAGCAGCCUCCACUGCAGGUGUUGACACAAGCCACUGCAAGCGCCGCAACCCGGAAUGCUUCAUGAAUGUUAGUGAAAUUAUCAGAUAUCAUGGAUUCCCCAGCGAGGAAUAUGAAGUUCCAACAGAGGAUGGAUACAUUCUUGGUGUUUUCAGAAUUCCUUCUGGAAGGAACAGCCACAAUGCAGGAAAGAAGCCUGCAGUCUUGCUACAUCAUGGUUUUUUAUCAGAUUCUAUUCACUGGAUUGCCAACCUGCCCAACAACAGCUUGGGCUUCAUCCUUGCAGAUGCUGGCUAUGAUGUCUGGUUGGGAAACAGCCGAGGAGACACCUGGUCUUUAAAACAUAAGACCCUUAAGCCCUGCCAGAAAGAGUUCUGGCAGUUCAGCUUCGAUGAGAUAGGUAAAUAUGACAUUCCAGCAGAGCUGAACUUCAUCAUGAAUAAAACUGGACAGAAGGAUGUUUACUAUAUUGGUCACUCUGAAGGGUCAGCUGCAGGCUUCAUAGCACUUUCUACUUAUCCUGAUAUGCCUCAGAAGAUUAAAGCAUUUUUUGCUUUGGCACCAGUGACCACCAUCACACAUUCUACCAGUCCUCUGAUAACAAUUGCACUGCUUCCCCAGCCACUGAUCAGGUUACUACUUGGCUGCAAAGGAGCUCUUCAAUACAAUGAGCUGAUGAAAGGACCUGUAACACGGUUCUGUGCAUGUCUGGGGAAAGUUUGUGGCAAUAUCUUCUGCUACCUGGUCGGGGGCAUGAUACAAAAUAUGAACACGAGUCGAACAGAUUCAUACACGGGACAUUACCCAGCUGGAACAUCGGUACAGAACAUUAUUCACUGGCAGCAGAUAAAACAUGCAGACCAAUUUCAAGCUUAUGACUAUGGCUGUAAGGAAAACAUGAAGAAAUACAACCAGACUGCUCCUCCUGCAUACAAGAUAGAGGAGAUAAAGGUACCAACUGCUGUUUGGAGUGGUGGACAGGACAAAUUUGCAGAUCCAAAAGACAUAGCAAGGCUGCUUCCUCGGAUCACUAAUCUCAUUUACCAUGAGCAUUUUCCUACAUGGGGACAUCUUGAUUUCCUCUGGGGCCUUGAUGCAGCUGAGAAAAUGUAUCUGAAAAUCAUUGAACUACUGAAGAAAUAUGCUUAG